UCCCGGCUUUUCUUUUUCUUUUCCUUUUCUCUUUUCGAUUUCUCUUUAUUUUCAUUGGAAGGUCUUUUUUUUUCCCUUUUUUUUAUUUUUUUAUUGCCUUCCAGUUGUAUUAUAUAUAUAUUUUUUUCUUUUUAUUUUUUUAACUGUAUAACAACGCCAAAGAUACCAAAAACCCUACGCUGAAAAAAAAAACUACAACAAAAAAAAAUUAUUUCAAAAGACUUCUUUCUUCUUGACGGUUAUCAGUUUUUUUUCUUACGACUUGACAAGAAAAAAAAUACUAUGACUAUUUCAACAAAAUCCGAUUCUUCGACGAGAAGCCACAAAAAACAAUCAAAGGAACGAGACACGUCUAUCGCGUCGUUCGGCAUGCCUGCCCCAACUGCUCAAAAUGCCGGUCAACGUUCUGGGUUCAUUGAAAAUUUAAAGUUCUUCUUUGCCACGGCCACGCAAAAUUGGGAUCACAGCAGUAAUGUGAAGCGGUUCGAAUUGCCGACGGGGGAAGCGAUUUCAUGUAUCUUAUGGAGCGACCACUUUUUCAUCAGUGGGACGGAUAUCGUACGGUCGCUGACAUUUCGGUUCCAUGCAUUUGGUCGUCCCGUCACCAACCCGAAAAAAUUCGAGGAGGGCGUUUUCAGUGAUCUUCGGAAUUUGAAGCCCGGCACCGACGCUCGUCUGGAGGAACCCAAAUCGGAGUUACUGGAUAUGCUGUACAAGAACAACUGCAUCCGCACACAAAAAAAGCAAAAGGUGUUCUUUUGGUUCUCGGUACCGCAUGAUCGACUCUUUUUGGAUGCGCUUGAACGUGACCUGAAGCGUGAAAAGAUGGGAAUGGAGCCCACGAGUACCGCCGUAGCCGAACCUGCAUCCUCCAUUUCCCUCGACACCACCCAGGAAUUGUUUGAUCAGCUGAGAAAGAACAUGUCCAUUUCCGCCGCCGCCACCGCUCAAGCCCUCAAAGAUGAACUAGGCAAUCCUACUCCCUUAUCCAGUGUCUCCAUGAACUCUCUCGCCUCUUCAGAUGGUAGUUUUUCGUCGGAUCAACUCAUGUCCCCCACGGAUUCACAGAUCAUCAAUCCGGUGUUUGUGCAAGAUGAAGAGAUGGACAGUAGCUGGAUGUGGACUAGUUCACGACCACCCAAUUGUUCACCGACCAUCAUGGAACCGGCCUCACGCGCAUCGACCAUGUUGACUUCGAGGCGAUCCCGCGUGAACUCGGUACCGGCCAACUUGGGACAACAACAACAACUUCAAUUUGCCGCUCAUCAUCACCAUCAUCGACUCAGCCAUGCGUCGUCAUACCUGACCCCGUCAGCUUCACGAUCCCGGUCUCGUCAUCGUACCAGUUCAGCUUCGUCCAUGAUGUCGUCCCCUGAUAAUAUGCUCUGCAUGUUUGACGACCACCAGAGUACGGCAUUUUCCGAGAUCUCCAAAUCGACCAUGUCCAAGCCCAAGCCCAAUUCCGCUUCCGCUUCCUGCAAAUCUUUUGGACAGGAGCUUGUCGAUGGUGUGGAUCAACUCGAUAUUGCCAGUCCCCGACGAGGUGUUCAGCAUAGCAGUGUGAUCUCGUCCAAAUCGUUGGAUGCCAACGCUAUCAAAAAGACAAAGGCCAUCUUUGGCAAUCUGUCUCUUUUUGAAGGCUCACCUUCGUAUAAGCAACGUCGUCGACGAGCCGCUUCCAUGUCGUCGUCCGCGCUUCAGCAAGCUCAUACCAUGCAACAUGCCAUGGGCACCGGAGGUCCCGACCGUAUCCGACGUCAUGCCAAUUGCCACACGCGUACGACUUCCAGCAACAAUACCAUGGGCCAUUCCAUGGGUCAUCCGCCCACGACCAGUCGUUUGGCGUUGGCCGCCGCGGCCGCCGGUUUUGGCAACAAACGAACGGGACCGAUGCCAUCGAUGAAUGCCAAGAUCAUGCAAUCCAAUUCGUGCCAUCCAUUGGUGUCACGCUCGGGCAAAAAGGCAACGACGGACAAGAAGGAGGAAACCGACUGCGGUGUUUACACUUGUUCAGUAGAAGGAUGCAAUCGUCUGUUCCGUCGUUUGGAGCAUUUGGAUCGUCACCUCAAUCUCCACCAAAACGAGCAGUUAUUUGUAUGCAGUAUGUGCGGCAAACGAUUCCCGUGCUCGGAUGCUUUAACCCAGCAUUACAAAACCCACGAUACAGCUCAGAAUGAACUUUCGCAUGCAGAUCACGGAAACGACGGUGAUGAUUCUUCCAUGGACGAUUUUAAUCCGAACAACGGUGUGAACACCAAUUAUACGACCACCGCCGCCGCCGUCGCUGCUGCUGCCACUGCCGCUCCUGCCUUGUUUGCUCAGCAACAACAACAACAACAACACCAUCAGCAGCAGCAACAGCCAUCGACUGAAUUUUAUUCCCCUCGUCAUUCCUUCGACAGCUGUCAUUCACGAACCAGUGCAGUCAGUGUUAGUAGCAGUCUAUGCAGUAGUAGUCGAUGCAGUACUUUGAGUCCUACUUUGGAUUUGGAUUUCGAAAUGCCUUCAGCAACAAUGGCUACCGAACCUACGACCAUGCCAACGACCACAACGACGACUACCACGACCACGGCGACCACGACCGCUUUAACAACGACCGGUCUCCAUGACGAAUUCUUGCCCACUUGGUGCGCGACCAAUGACAAUCAUGGGUACCAAGGCAAUGGCGCGCCAUCAUUUACGACCCAUCUGCAUCCGAUGGAACUCUUUUCGCGUGGCAUGAUGACCAACAUGGAGGACGACUUUUCGUCGUCUUCUUCGUCGUCACCAACAUCGGUGUUACAGUCGCAACAACAAACCAUGAUUCACGGUCACCUCUACGAACCACUGUUUACGGGCUACGACCUCACGGAUAAAAUGAUGCAAGAUCCUAUUCGUCAACCGUCACUUACACUCCUUUCUGCGUUUAAGCCUGAAUUUGUCCAAGAGGACCUUUCGCAACCACCCAACAGUGAUUUUUCCCACCUGAUGAAUCAUGGUUGCCUUCUGGAUAAUGCGAUGCUUACUACGGCCACCUUCAAUCCCAUGUCGGACUACAACAUUUACGAUCCUUACAAUUUCCCUCAAGAUAUCAACUACGCUCCUUCAUGCAUCGCACCCUCGGAUGUUUCCAUGACAUUCUACUAAGCAUCCAGUGGUAUUUCUUUUCUUUUAUUUUUUUUUUCUUUAUAUCGCCUGCCAUUAAUUUUUUUUAGUCGUUGAUUUUUUUAUUUUUUUUUCGUAUUCACACCACUGCUAUCAGUCAUGCUUUAUUGCUUCAUUUUUAUUAUUUGAAAUGCCUUUUUUUUUUCUUUAUCUAUUUCUAUUCGUUGUUUGCUUUUUGUUAGUAUUCAUAUUUAUAUGCUCGCAUUAUGUUGUUUUUUUCCAUUGUUUUAUCUAUUCUUUGGCGCAUCUUUCUAUUUGUAAGCUUUUUUAUUAUUAUUUCACAAUCUCUUUGUAUGCUUUCCCUUUUUUCAUUAUUGGCCAUAUUAUUCAAUGCAUUGGUUGGCAAAUUCCAUUAUGUUCAAUAAAAAUUCC